AUGGCGGCCCUAAGAUUCUCGGCCUUCGUGGCUUGUUUGGCCCUGGCCAUGUCCUGCGAUUCCCCCCCGAGGAUGGUCAGCGACUUGACCGACGAGGAAGCCAACGAAAACUUGAUGGAUCGUUUGACGUACCUAGGAGACAGGAUUUACGGAGUACCGAAGAACAGCACGGGGCUGAAGGUGGACAAUUGGGACGAAAAUUCUGGGGUCAACCCCGAAGAACUCGGCGAAUACGCCGAGGGCGAUAUUCUUUUCACCCCUCAAACUAGUCUUCGACACGGUCUCAGCGAUCUCUCGAAAAGAUGGCCGAACGCCGUGGUGCCUUACGUGAUCAGCCCAAAUUUUAGCGAACAGGAUCAUCAACGAAUUUAUGAUUCCAUGGACGAGUUCCACAGGUUCACGUGCGUCAGAUUUGUUCCUUACAAUGGCAAGGGGCGAGAUUACGUUCGGAUAACGAAUGCUAGAACAGGGUGCCAUAGUGCUAUCGGCAGAAGAAGUGGGUCUCAAUUAGUGAACCUUCAGCCUCCAGGAUGUCUUGUGCCAAGAGGGACUAUCUCUCACGAACUGAUGCACACUCUUGGAUUUCUUCACGAGCACAGCAGAUACGACCGAGAUAAAUAUGUCGUAAUCUACAAACAGAACGUAAUUGACCGUCUUGUGGACAAUUUCGACCUCGUUUCGGGAAAAUAUACCGAUUUCUUUGGGGUUGGUUAUGACUACGACAGCGUGAUGCAUUACUCACCGAUAUCAUUCUCUAAAAAUGGUUAUGCAACCGUACUUCCUAAAGGUAACCGAUACAUCCCAAUUGGCCAACGCGUUGGACUCAGCAGGAAGGAUAUUUUGAGGAUCAACAGGAUGUACAAAUGCAGACCCAACAAUGGAUAGUUUAGCGAUGCUGAAUUCGACACAUAUGUCUUGCAAAUAUUUUUUUAUUUU